CUCAAAACGCCAGCCCCACGUAUCACACGCCGCAAUAAUCUGAGAUUUUGUUAUACAUUUUCCCCAUUUUCUGGCCGGUUUAUCGGAAUGGAGGGAGAUGGAGAAGGCGGCGGCGGAGAUGGUGCGGAAAUGGAGAGGGGAGUCUAUAUGUGGGGGUAUCUGCCGGGAGCGUCGCAGAACCGGUCGCCGUUACUCUCGCCGGUGGUGGUUAGACUGCCGCCUUCUGCUAGAGCUGGCACAUCGUGGAAGGACGUUUCCGGCGGCGGAUGUGGAUUUGCUUUGGCCAUUUCUGACUCUGGAAACCUGAUUACCUGGGGUUCAACAGAUGAUUUGGGUCAAAGCUAUGUGACUGCAGGGAAGCAUGGGGAAAUGCCAGAGCCCUUUCCCCUCCCCGAGGAAGUUUCAGUUGUAAAUGCUUCAGCCGGGUGGGCUCAUUGUGUAGUUGCUACAGAGAAUGGAGAUGUUUACACAUGGGGAUGGAAAGAGUGCAUCCCUUCUGGAAAAGUAAUUGGGGAUUCAUCAACGGGGAAAAGCAUUGAGAACGAUGAAAGCGAAAAAAAGGAAGUGCUCUUUACAGAACCAGGCAUCAAGUUCAACUGCUGAUACCGUGUCUGCUAGCAGAGGUUUAGAAGAUGGCGCAAAAAGGAGACGCACAUCAUCAUCUGCAUCAUCAUCUAAACAUGCAGCAGAGGGAACACUAUCAAAUGAUGAAAAGCUCUCUGCUUUGCCUUGUUUGGUCACAUUUAACCAAGGAGUCAGAAUUGUCAGUGUUGCAUCCGGUGGCAGACACACGCUAGCACUAUCAGUUCCAGAUAUAGGACAAGUCUGGGGUUGGGGGUAUGGAGGUGAAGGACAACUUGGUUUAGGAUCAAGGAUUCGCAUGGUAUCCUCUCCACAUCUCAUUCCUUGUAUCAACUCGUCUCCUUCGGCAAAUGAAAGCGCUGUGUCCGAGGGACAAGGACAUAUAGUUCCAGGGAGUUAUGUGAAAAGAAUUGCCUGUGGGGGUCGCCAUAGUGCUGUUCUCACAGAUGCUGGAGCAGUACUUACUUUUGGUUGGGGACUCUAUGGACAGUGUGGCCAGGGAAGUACUGAGGAUGAGUUAAGUCCCGAGUGUGUAUCUUCAUUACUUGGGAUCAAGAUAGAUGGUAUUGCAGCGGGACUCUGGCACACGUUAUGCAUCUCUGCUGAUGGUGAUGUGUAUGCCUUUGGUGGCAACCAGUUCGGACAGCUGGGAACUGGAGGGGAUCAGGCAGAGACUCUACCCCGACUUAUUGAUGCUCCAAGCUUGGAAAAUGUGAAUGCAAAAGUUGUAUCAUGCGGAGCACGUCACAGUGCUAUAGUUACAGAUGAUAGCAAAGUGUUCUGCUGGGGAUGGAACAAGUAUGGCCAGCUUGGUUUGGGCGAUGUAAUUGACCGUAAAAUCCCAACACAAGUUCCAAUGGAUAGAUGUGUCCCAAAAAAGGUGUCAUGUGGAUGGUGGCAUACCCUUCUACUCGCGGAUUCACCCACAUGAAUGCACCCCUCCCUUUACCAGAAUGCUUUGGGAACAUUUUUGCUAGGUUAGCAAUUGAGUUAUAUAUAUGUAAAUGUACAUAUAUAGAACAUCAUGUGUACAUUCUGCAGCCACAAACAGUGUGGCUGGUAUUGGUUCUCUUGUUGAUUAAUGUCAAAGCCCACUCUCUCGGACCACACCACCAAAAAAUAUUUAUGUUUCUGUCGUUGCGCGUGGAAAACCAGAAAGACAAUUGUAACUUACAACAUAUUG